GUAUAAAUAAAAAAAUUGGUAUCCCUUUCAUAAUUAACGUGUCACUUUAUGUUUUUAUUUUUUUUUUUUUUUUUUUUUUUUGACACAACUUUAUGUAAUUAUAUAUGUACUUCAAUACUUGUGUGUAUAUAUUGCUUGCAAUUUUGGUUGCCAUAAGCAGAACAAAAGUCAGAAACAAAAGAGAGAAUAUACUCGUUUUUACAGGCGAAAAAAUGGAAGACAGCAUGAAUUGGAACAAGUCAAAGUGUCUCAAAAUUUGCCAAAGUAAUUUGCUAGAUUAUGUCCUAUUAUUCAAGAUUAAGAGGGUAUUAUCAUCCGUUGAUCAUCGUUCUUUUCGGUUGUUCUUGAAUAAUUUCUUCUGGCGUCCGCCUUCAGCUAUAGAAUUUCAAACUGAUCGAAGUUCUAAGUAGAAAAUAAAUAUGUUAUGGUUAGAAAUAAGGUGUUACGACUGCGUACGAAUAAGGGACAAACUCAAAGACGUGAUCUAUAGCUUAUUAGCUCUAUUCGAUCGUCGGACCUGGGCUACUGCUAUGCUCCGGGACUUGUCUAAAUCUAACCACAAAGUUUGCAGACUCUUCUUUGCAAGAAUAUUUGCAAAUGAUUGGAGGAAACACUUGGUAUUUGUUUCUGAUUUGAUAUGCUAUACCUACAAGUUACGUUCCUCGGCUUCUUGUGAUCUUGAAGCAAAAUACAAGAACUCUACAAAUGGCUCGGAUAGUAAGUCUCCAGGCACUAAUUUGUUGCUUCACCCCAUAGAGAUACAUCAUAAUAAAAUUGUAGCAUUGAACAUCAACAAUGGAGCUGAUCGAAAGAAGAAAUGCAAAAAUGUUUCCGUAAACAUAGGCAAGGAAAUAAAUUUGCUUAAACGUAAACGAGGAAAAGAAGAGAAAAAAGUGAGUUUAGAAGACAUAAAUUCCUAUAUAUCUCUAAGUUUCACACUUACAGAAGCUGCUGAAUGCCUUAAAGUGAGCAGGUCUACAUUGAAGCGCAAGUGUAGGCAAUUAGGAAUUUCUCAAUGGCAACCAAACAACAGAAGAAAACGUUUUCGUCAUACUUCACAAAGUAAAAAGGUAUCUGAAAUUUCUUCUAAACUUGAAGUUGCAAGCCUAAAAUCAAUCUCUUCAACACUAGAUGGCAAUGUUGUAAGUCAGUACAUGCAAGCUCCGGGUACAAGUAAAACGGUACCUAAAUUUGAAUCUCAAUCAGAAAAAGUAAUCCUUGAUUCAAUUUCUCUAAGGCCGGAUGAUGUAAGUCAAUACAAAAGUGUCUAUGGAACUCCAAAAGAUGAAACCGUACCCAGAUUUUUUUCAAGACUUAAAGCUGCAAGCCUGAACUAAAUUGUUUCCAUGAAAGAUUUAAGCCAAUACAUGACGAAGUAUGAAACUCAUAGGAGUGAAAAGGUAGCUCAAUUUGGUACUUCACCGCGAGAUGUCAAACAAUACAAAUGUUUAAAUUAGAAUUUAAGUGAUCAUAAAUCAUUAGUACUCUUCCCAAUUAUACACUCUCAUGCAUGUAAUAGGAUUAUGUCAGACGUAAAUAUAUCAGGAAGUACAAUGAAAGAUGAUCGAUUGGUUGAAUCUAAUGAAAAGAUUUUAGUUCACAAUUCUGCUUUAGGCCAAUCUUCAAGCGUCUCAUCUCCACUAAUACAGCAAGCUGGUGUGCAAGAUGGAAUGACUUCACUUAUAAAGGCCACAUACAAAGAUGAUAUGAUAAGAUUUCAUUAUUGCUUCAAAGCCAACAUUGUGGGGCUUAAGAAAGAAGUGGCACAAAGACUAAGUUUAAAGUUGGGAACCUUUAAAAUGAAGUAUUUGGAUGAUGAAGAUGAGUGGACUUUACUAGCAACUGAUUUGGACUGGCAGGAAUUUAUAUACAUUUCAAGAUCAUCGAGGAAAAAUGCAAUUCGGCUAUUGGUCCAAGAUAUGCAAUUCGGCUAUUGGUCCAAGAUAUGCAAAGAAAGGAGGAAGACAAGAAUGACUUUGAGACUACAUUAUUGAAGUUGUAAAAUUUAUCCAAUCAAUUUUCAUGAAUUUUUAUACUUCUGAACAUUGUUGUGCUUCAUACAAAUUUAUGAAUAAUUUCUGUCA